CACUUAACAGGAAGUAACCUCGCCGUGUUGUAUUAGUUGUUGAUCACCAGAGAACAUUUUAAUGGGAAAAUAACGGUACACACAAAACAAUCAUGGAACGUGUACCCGCGCCGUUACGGUGCUUCAGCGAAUGGCACUCCUCGGAGAAGUUCACAGACGACGGAGUGGAGACGGUGACUUCAGUGGAGCAGAGAAAAGUCGAACGCAGUAUACAAGAAGUAAUCAGUGUUUACAAACAGAUACACAGCUUACCACAACCCACUCUAUUGAGAGACCAGCACUACCAGUACCUGAAGAAGGGAUUACGUCAUCUCUCCGAUGCUUAUGCGUGUCUGGACGCCAGCAGGCCGUGGCUCUGCUACUGGAUCCUACACAGUCUGGAGCUGCUGGAGGAACAUGUCCCCACCUCCAUCGCCUCAGAGAGUACGUACUGUGCUGCGUCAGUGGCGUCUCUCACCAACAUCAUGACUCCCACACUGUUCCAGGACACGCCCACAUGGAUCGUCAGCUGUCAGAACUGGGAGGGGGGUCUAGGGGGCGUCCCUGGGCUGGAGGCCCAUGGUGGGUACACCUUCUGUGGGACGGCUGCCAUGGUCAUCCUGGGGAAGGAGCACAUGCUGGAUCUCAAGACCCUGCUGCGUUGGGUGGCCAGCAGACAGAUGAGGUUUGAGGGAGGGUUCCAGGGUCGCUGUAACAAACUGGUGGAUGGCUGCUACUCCUUCUGGCAGGCCGGGCUGCUCCCCCUGCUACACAGAGCCCUCUUCAAAGAAGGGGACUCGACACUGAGCCUGCAGAAGUGGAUGUUUGAGCAGCAGGCGUUACAGGAGUAUAUCCUCCUCUGCUGUCAGAACACUGCUGGUGGACUGUUGGACAAACCUGGCAAAUCCAGAGAUUUCUACCACACCUGUUACUGUCUGAGUGGUCUGUCCUUAGCGCAGCACUUUGGCAACAUGGACCUGCACCACGAGCUGAUCGUCGGCCGGGAGGAGAACAGACUGGCCCCGAGCCACCCUGUUUACAACAUCUGUCCAGAGAAGGUGGCCCAGGCCAUCCAACACUUCCACCAGCUGUCCGUCCCCGCGCCUGCACAGAAAGAGGGGUCCUCGGCCUAACCAUUCACCGGAGAGUAUGGGCAUGUCCACGCGAGUGUUACAGGAGAUGGACCUAAGCAAGGCGCUGUGCACGCGAGUGUUACAGGAGAUGGACCUAAGCAAGGCGCUGUGCAGAAUGGCACAGACCGAUUCCCUCCAACUCAUUUAAUACAUCUUGGAGGAGGCAACCAUUGAUACGGGGUCAGAUAUUUUUCCAUUCUGCUAAUGAUUCAGGGUAGGGUAAAUCUGAUCCUAGAUCUAUGGCUAAGGGAACUGUAUGUUGAGUGGUACUGUGCUGUAUGCUUGCUACAGAGUGGGGCUGCACUUGUUUGCAGGGAUCCAACAGACUGAUCGCUGGUCUACAGCAGACAAAGAAAGGACUGUGAGAAAUGUCAGAAUUAGGGCUGUCCAAAUAAAGGCCUGAAUAAAAAUAUUUGGAAUCUUG